CUUUAUAGGAUCAAUAUAUGUCGUUUGCAUCGUCGGAAAUGAAUAAAAGGAGCGCCGAGGGACGAGGCACGCGUGCUCCCCGGAAAAGAAAUAGACCAACAUUGGUUUGUAAUGUAUGUCGUCAGAGGAAAACAAAAUGUGAUAGAGAAUAUCCAUGCUCUUGUUGCAUGAGGGCAGGAGUAGCACAUUUGUGUAGCUAUGGGUCACCCGCAGUACUGAUCCUUACUGCCCAGCAACAACAGCAGAAACAACUUGAGCAAGACCAAAAAGUGCAGAUCCCACCGUUAGGUCAGCAGGAUCUUAAACAUUCAACUACUACUCCGCCACCACAGAUUCCUUCAAUUAGUACUAUUCUACCUGCUAUAGCUGACCCACAAAGACAAACAUCAGCAUUUGACGAGUCAUCUGUCCAAGCUGAGUUAGAAAGUCUUAAAAAUAAAUUCAAAGAGCUCGAAGCCUCUAUUACUGUGGCCAGUUUGCAUCGUACAACUCGUGAUACAGUGGCUGAGAAUGAACAUCCUGUUGGACAAAUGCUGCCACUUCAUGUGAACGGUAUACCUGUCACAACAUAUUCCAAAAUACCAAUGACAUACAUAAGUCGGAAACUCGAUCCAAAUCCAUUGAACUUGCCACCUCCAUUACUAAAUGAACAGUCCAUUAAUUUUUUCCGUGACGUCGGAAGUGAAGCAAAUCAUUUGGUCCACAUGAAUAAAACAUUGCCCUUUCUCGCAAUUGCAAGAAAGGACGCUGCCAUACAUAUAUUUUUGAAAUUCAAACAAUCAUUGAAGAAAGACAUAGCUAUGUCAAAUGAGACGACCAGUGGUCCAAGGUUUGACUGUGGGGGUACUAAACUUCGAUGUAUUAUGAAUCAGGUUGGGAUUGAUGACCACAAUUCGAAUAAAAGAGCACCAGCAGUUUCUGUAGGAACUCGACUUGAGCAAAUUCUUGACGAAGGUAAUAGAAUGGGCUCAAUACCAAAACAAAACCCAUUUGAUACAAAUAGAUUGAAUAAUCCCGAUAAAAACUUAGUGCCCCCUUCACUUGGCGAGAGAAAUACCGGAGACAAAUCUUUGGAAGAAAUUGAGAGGACUAGGAUGAAUGAGUAUGGUUCACUCAUUGGAGUUGUUUUCAAUGAAAGGCCGGACUCUAAUAGUCACCAUGGUUCGCCUUUAGUUGAAAAAGUACUAAAUAUACUCCCAAAGGAAAGAGUAUUAUGGAGACUAGUGAGUCGAUUUUUUAGUGUUGUUUAUCCAUUCAUGCCAAUUUUGGAUGAAUAUUCCUUUAGACCAGAACUCAAACGUAUGAUUGGCACUGAAGAUUACAAGGAUUCUCACAUCCCACAUCUAAAUAUCACAAAGAAGCAAGACUUUGUAUUCAUUGCAAUAACAUUAAUUUUAGCUCGAUUGAGUUAUCUUUCUUUGUUGAACAAUAGCAUCCAAUUGAAUGAAGCAGCCAUACAAUUGAAAGAUAGCGAAGAAUCACCAAGAAUAACUCCUGAUGAUCUUGAAUUACAAUAUCUUCUUAAAAAUCCUAUCCCAGUAGAAACAAUUGAAAUUGCUCGGCUUUGUCUUCAAGAGGUUGAUGUGAUGAGAAAACAGAACUUACAAGUUUUCCAAUGCAUGCUUUUAUUCCGAGCUUAUCGUGUCAUAUCACCCGAGCAAGGUGACCUGUUUGUGGGAGGAGAUAUGCAAGUAAUCAAUGGACUUCUAGUAAGUACUGCGUACUCAUUAGGCUUAAAUAGAGACCCCGACUACUAUUGCGAGCUCCACACUUCUGAUGAUGAGCGUACGAAAAAUCUUCGUCGAAAACUUUGGCAUUAUCUAUUGAGUCAAGAUGUAUUGGAUUCGAUUUCUUCGGGAGGGAAGUUCUCGAUACAUGAUGACAAUUAUGACACCAAACUCCCAGUCCAUUACCUUGGAUCAACCGAGAAUGUUUUCGAUAUAAAUCUAGAAGUGUCAGUUAUCAGUGCAUUCGCUCAAUUUGAUAAGAUAAGGAAGGCGAUAGUAGAGGUAGUUCAUCCAUUUUUUAAAUUGGGGAAUACUCCAAUUUUAAAAUUCUUGCAGUCUGUUCGAAAUUUAGAGGAUAUAUUAACAAGCGAAUUAGGAACUUUGGAGGAGUACCUCAAUCCAAGCUAUAAUGCAGCCGGGUUUCAAAAAACUUUGCGUUUAUGUCAGUAUUUAUACGGUCAUCUUCUUUUGACUUCAGUAUACUAUACUUUAUUCUUAUACUAUGAGAAACGAGGUGAUACAAACGAAUCUAUAUUGUAUUUCACUAAAUUGUUUUCUCAUUCGAUGGCCAAAGUCCUGCCAUAUUUGAUGGAAAUUUUGGAUGAAACUCAGAAUUACCUAACUAAAGGGUUCCUGCUUAUUCUUACCCCUAUCGUAAUAAUGGUAAACCAUAACUCAAAUUUGGUGUGGUCAACGGUGUGCAUACGUGUAUUCAGUACCAUACGAGAAUUACAUAAAUCGACAGAUCAUAGUAGACUCCUAUCUGUUGAUAUCAAGUAUAAGCAAUAUUAUGAAUUACUUGAGAUGUUGAGAGCCGAGUUACUUAAAAUUAGAAGACAAAACAUGUCAGUUACAUAUAUGUUGAGCAAUCGGUACUACGCUGCAUGGAAGGUAAAGAGAAUCCAUUCAUUUGCCUACAAGCUUUUAUGCAGUGAAGAUUUAUACAACGUCGACAAGGAAGUAGCAAAGAAAGUCUUGCUCUCAAUACCUUCCGACAUUUUGAGUGAAAUUGUGAAUGAUUUAAGGAGAUGUAGAGAUCGAAAGGACAAUGAUAAAGCAACAAGUCUGAAGUUAGAUAGUUCUUCUGCAUCAGCAACUUCAACUCCAAAUGCCUAUCUGAAUUACCCUAAUUCAAACAAUGGAGGGUUUCAUACGCCUACUAGUAUGUUCAGUCCAACAGGAGACGACGAUUUCUCGCAAAUAGAAGACCCUAGAUCGGAUGAGUUUUGGCUGUAUGUUUUCCUCUGGCGACAAUGGUAUCAAGAUGGGGCUUAUAUACAAUGUAAUCGAGAAUUAUUCAAGAGUAAACCAGAAAAUGCAAACUUUACCGAAGAAGCAAACCCAGAAAAUGCUAAUGGCAGUACCCCGGGUCCAUCUAUGAUUUUUCAAAGUGGGACACCAGGAGGUGACUUUUCAAUCGAAUCUAUGCAAUAUGAUUUUGGGAUUUUUGACGGUCAAUCAUAUGAUGAUUUUUUGACAGCAAACCCUUGGAAAUAGUG